AUGAACAUCAUGGGUUGCCUCCCCCAUGCUGACAUGCAGCUACCUGCAGCGCCCACAUGCCCAUCCCACCACUGCGGUGGAGGACACAGUGUGGCCAGACUCAAUGCUCCAUGGACAGUGACAGUCCAUCAGCAAAUGCAGCAGCACUGGGAGGCUCCUGCUGAUAGCAGGAAGGGAAGUAAUCCUGCACAUCGGCUGCUGAGCUCCUGCAAACCUCCAGUCCCUCAAGGCCAAGGGGAAAGCUCGAUGCCAUGCUGGCCUUCUGCACCAGAGGACAUGCAAGGUGCAGGCCUGCACCCCUGCUGUGUACGGCAUGAAAGUAAUCCAGAAUUUUCUCUCUCUAGAAUUGAGAUAUGCCUUGAAAUAGGAUCUGGAUCUGGUGUGGUUUCAACAUUUCUAGCUUCUUCCAUUAUCGGAUCCAAUGCACUGUACAUAUGUACAGAUAUCAACCCGAUGGCAGCUUACUGUACGCUGGAGACAGCUCUGCUUAACAAUGUUCACCUUCAGCCAGUCAUUACUGACUUGGUCAAAGGACUGUCUCCAAGAUUAAAUGGGAAGGUUGAUCUACUGGUAUUUAAUCCACCAUAUGUGGUAACACCUUCUGAAGAGGUGGAAAGCCAUGGAAUAGAGGCAUCCUGGGCUGGUGGCAAAAAGGGCAGAGAAGUAAUGGAUAGAGUUUUUCCAUUAGUACCAGACCUCCUUUCACCAGGAGGAUUAUUCUACUUGGUCACAAUUAAAGAAAAUAAUCCAGAUGAAAUUCUGGAAACAAUGAAGAAACAUGGCUUAGAAGGCACACAAGUACUUUCCAGGCAAGCAGGACAAGAGAUGCUUACUAUCCUCAAAUUUAGGAAGUCUUGAUAACUGCUGUUAACCAUCUAGAUGGCAUGCAGAA